AUGUCAUCGGUAACAUUACCACGUCGUAUUCGCAACAUUAAUUUUAUUGAUAAAAAUUCAAAUAAUAUUAAUGAUGAAAAAAGAAAAAAUAUCGUAGUUGGUAGUUAUCCAUCAGAUAAUUAUGAACAUCAUUUUCAACGAUCAACAACAAAUCAAAUGAUGAAAUCUACUCGAGCUUUAUCAUGUAAUGAAGAAAAAAUUCAAUUACAAUCGAAUAAUAAUAAUCGAAUAAAACAUUUAUGUACACGAUUUAUACGUCGUUUAAGUAUAAGCAGAAAACAUCGUACACGUAGUGAAGAUAGAAGUAGAGGUUUAUCAAUACGUUUUAAUAAUUAUAAAUCAUUUUCAUCUUCAACUGAUGAUUCAUAUUAUGAUUUUGAAUGGCCAGAUUUUGAAAAAAUUUAUGAUUCAAUUCCAUAUUGUCUUGCAAAAGCUUUACCUGGUUUUGAUGAUCUUUCAAAUGGAGAAAAUGAUGAUGAUGAUGAUAAUAAUGAUAACAAUGACGAUGAUGAUUCAAUAGAUUAUAUUAUCGAUGAAACAAAUGAACAAAUAAAUUUAUUUGAAAAUUGUGAACGUGGAAAAUAUUUUCGACGAAAUGCUAUUUGUCAUAAACUUGAUAAAAGUCAAUAUCAUAGACAAUGGAAUACAUUUGUACAACAGUUAAUGAUUGAAAAAUUAAUGAGAACAUGGACUUAA